AGUGUGAAGAAGAAAAAAAGAUGGAAGUUUCUUCCGCCUAGUGCGACUGCGACCGACUCAGCUCCGGCGACCCUCAAAGCCGCGCCAGCCAUGGACGGGCCGCGUUGGACGGAGGAGGUGGACGACCUGGUCGACGCCGGCGACGUCGACGCCGCCAUCGCCCUCCUCGAGUCCGUCGUCUCCGGCCUCUCCACCUCCGCCGCUGCCCCGGCCACCGACCUCCGCCUCGCCACGGCACUCGGCGACCUGGCGGGCCUGCACGCCUCCCGCGGCGACACCCUCCGCGCCGACGAGCUCCGCGCCCGCGCCAUAGCACUUCGGUCCCGAGCCGCGGCCCCUUGGACUGGGACCCUAGGGGAUCAGGAGCUGCCAGAGCAAUGUUCAUCACAAGAGUGCGCGACGGGUUCAAAAGACUCAGAAGUCUCAGCUAAUACUGACAAAAACAAUGAAGAUGGGGAGGAUGAUUGGGAGGCUAUUGCAGAUAGCGGCGCCCUUGAUGACACACUAGUGCGCUCUCUUGAGCAAGGAGCUAGAGUAUCUUCUUGCAGCUCCUCAGAAAGAAGUAGCACCCCAUCUUCAGGGCCCAAAAGGAGGGGGAGGGGCUCAUUUCUUUACAAUAAGAGUGUUCUGUACAGUGACCAGUGUGGUUCGGAAAGAGAGUUGGAUGACAAAUGGUCUAAUCCUCCGGUUGGAUCAGAGGAUCAUGUGAAUGGGCCAGAGAACAAUGCUGCUACAGCUGCUGCACAGUUUGGGACAAGGCAUGUCCUUGUUUUAUAUGACUUUUCACCAAGCACGCGGACAACAGAUCUGGAAAGGAUUUUUGAGAAGUUUGGGGAUCAUGGAGUUGCCAUUCGCUGGAUUAAUGAUACUUCUGCACUUGCUGUUUUCCAGACUCCAUCAGCUGCUAAUGAGGCUCAAGCUUGCAUACCUCCAAGAUACAAAGUACGGUCACUGAAGCAGGAUGAUGACCUAUUGACAAAAAUAGAUGGUAGAGACCUAGAUCCGCCCAAGCCGAGACCAAAGACAUCUGCAAGAACGGCUCAAAGGCUAAUUGCUCAUGGGAUGGGAUUGAAGCAGUUCACAAACUUUGGGUCUGACGAGUUGAAGAAACAGGAGGGAGAGAGGAAGAACAGAAUUGCCACUAGACAAGCAAUGCGUGAUGAGGCUUGGGGUUCAGAUUGAUGGAGAACAUACCACGAUGGCUGGUCGCGCACAUCACAUCUGCGAGUUUGUUACACAGGUAUUUUAGAUGCUUGUACUCUUUGCAUGGUCAAAUGUUGAUUGAUACGGAGGGAUCCAUGAGCAGAUGGUAGGAAGUGUGCCAUGAGGCCGAUGGAUAUGUAACCAGAUCGCCUUUCACAGUCAUGCUGAGUGCGCAUUGUGUAUUGGAAUGGUAAUGUGUAUGCUGAGUUUUUUUUAGUAAAAAAAUAAGGGAACAAAGUUCUAGCCUCUA